GUUCACGUGGAGUGGCCAGACAUGCGGGCGGUGUGCAAGCGCCGUUUUGAAGAGAUCUUCAUCAACAAAUGGGAGACCAUGUCCGCCCGCACUCCCCGCGCGACCUUCUGCCGCAAGUUCUUGCCGGAGCUCGAGCUGUUCCUCGACCCCGACGCCAUCGCCCGCGCCAUCGGGGCCGAGGGGGAGGAGCGCAACAUCCCCCUGUUGGUGCUGACGUCUUUGCUCAAGUCCGAGAUGGGGCAGAAAAUCUACAGCGGGGAGGCCCGCCAGGCGAAGUGGCAUUCUUUCCUCGUGGACACGAAGAUACGCCUGGCUGAUGUUAUCCGCGCUGAUUCUGACCAGGAGGCAUAUGAUAGUUUCACGGCUGCGUCCAAGGCUGGGGCCCGAGAUCUCUUGAACAGCGGUUUCCAGGCGCACGGCGCAUAUGAGUUUGAUGUAGAGUGCUUCGGCCAGGGGCGCAAAAUGUCCGUGACGCCAUUAUCGGAGGUGCCCGCCGUCAUGUGCGAAGUCCUCUUGCGCCAGGUCGUCGUGAACGCAGGGCAGGUGCAGCCGAUGCCCUGGGAGAAGCACAUCGCCGACGCCUCGGGGGGGCACGUUCCGAAUUUGCCCACGGGGGUGCGCGCCCAGACCUCUUUGAUCAGCGACUUCGUCGGCGGGAGGCAG